CAGUAUAUAUAUACACACACAACUAUCGUCCACACAAACACCACCAAUCAUCACCAUCAUAUCUCCGAGAAACGACGUCGCAGCGGCAGCAAUGAACGGAGUCGAAACGGUGGCGAGCUGGCUCACUCCUCCGGUCCUCUUCUGCGUCCUCAACGUAAUGAUCGGCGCCAUUUUCCUCCGAUCCAAGCUCUAUCCGCCACCGCCGAGAAACGACCGCCACUUGCUCGUCCGAGUCCCCUCGUUCCUCGAGCGAGUCAGGUCGUUCAACCGGUCCGCCUACCUCCCCCCGCAGCCCGAGCCGGCGGCGCGUGAGGCCGAACAGCCUCCUCAGCCCGACGAGGCGGCGCGUGAGACACACCACGCGCCUGAUCCGGUGGCAAACGCGGCGGCGCGUGGGGAGGACACGCCCAAUGCGGCGGCGCGUGGGACGGACGCGCCGAGCCAUGUGGUGGUGAGGACCAGGUCGGAGGCGGUGGUGAGGGCGGCGCCGGCGGCGAGGCCGCCGCUGCAGAAGUCGGCGAGCGAGAGGAUCUCGGUUCUGAGGGAGGAGGAGGAGGAGCGGUGGAGGCCGGCGACGGUGAGGGAGAGGGCGGCAGGGGACGAGGAGGUGGACGAGAAGGCCGACGAGUUCAUAAAUAAUUUCCGGCAGCAGCUCAAGCUGCAGAGGAUGGACUCGAUUCUGAGGGCCGGGGGCGGAAGGUAAAUUCGAUUUCGACGAUGAAACGCAACUUAGCUAAUAAGACGUUUAUUUUUUUCCAAUUAAUUGGUUGUGAAUUUGAAUUACCAUUAAACUGGUAGUAACAAUUUGUGAUCCUAUGAAAACAAAUUCUAUCUGAUUCCAUAUAUAGUAGUGGAAUUUACAAAUAUGCCCUUCAGUUUGUAAGCAUUUGGACAAAUGUGAAAGGGUAAUUUCGGCA